AUGGAGGGCCACUUUGAAUGCUCUAUUUUGUCGGCCACAGUCACCUUUCAAGUUGGUCCGGCUCAUGACCAAAUCACCGUGGAUUCUGCUGCUCUAGCUAAGCUCUCCAAGCCUUUGGAAACUCUCAUCAACAAUGUGGUGAUUGAUGCCAAAAGGAAGUGUAUCGAGUGGUCCAAGGUCUUGGAGGUUGCUGAGACAAAGAAAGUCAGCAACGACUAUUCAACUGGUACUUUCUGGGUGGAAGAAGAAGAUGAAUUUAGUUUCGAGUCUGCUGCUACAGCAGAAAAUGAGCGGAAACCCCUCGGAGAGGUUCCUAAUUCUGAGCCUCCCACCAACGUCAUCCUGUCCGGCGAAUCUGAAAUAGCCGACAAAAAGCAAAGCGUGAGCAUUCGGCAAUUACGCGAUACCUCUAUCAAUCCUCAUCCUGGUUCGCUUGGCAUGCGCGAGUGUCCAAGGUGCAAGUUGACAGCACCUCGUCAUUCCGGCCCCUGGGAAGACUUUACCCCAGUCUUUGUUGAUCAAGCUCGACUCUACGUGCUAGCAGAUACAUAUGACAUAGUGUCUCUGCGUAGUCUCGUUCUUCCGAAAUUACAUGCCACACUCAAAACAUUCACAUAA